AAUCUGACAGGACAGUUGUGUUUGCACAUCAAAUGAAGUGGUGGAGAAGUAAAGUUGGAUGUCAUCUGGAAAUAAAGAAAAUCUGAUUCCAUGCUUGUGGAGGAUGUCACUGGGACUGUCAGUAAUUCAGGCAGAUGACGAGCUAAAGGCCUGGUGAUCAAAACCAGUUCUGCUGUAUUUCAAGUAGAGCGUCUACAUGAUCACAUGACACUUGAUAUGGAUUCGGUCCUGUCAGACUUUGUUCGCUCCACUGGGGCAGAACCUGGUCUGGCAAGAGACCUGCUGGAAGGUAAAAACUGGGAUCUGAGUGCAGCACUGAAUGACUUUGAACAACUUCGGCAAGUUCAAACUGGGAAUCUGCCUCAUGAGUUCAACGAAGGAAGCUUCUACAAGCAGCAAGACAAAGAACUGUCCAACCAAGUGAAAAAGUUUGAGCAGAGACAGGAUGAGUUUUCUCAAGAAAAACGCCUCUCACGAGGAAUUUCUCAUGCAAGUUCAGCCAUAAUGUCCCUCGCUCGAUCACAGGUAGCAAAUGAAUGCACUAAUGAGCAGUUUCCUUUAGAGAUGCCCAUUUAUACAUUCCAGCUGCCAGAUUUAAAUGUGUACAGUGAAGAUUUUCGAAGCUUUAUUGAACGGGAUUUGAUUGAACAGUCGACAAUGGUAGCCUUGGAACAGGCAGGUCGACUAAAUUGGUGGUCUGUUGUUUGUUCAAGUUGCAAACGACUUCUCCCACUAGCAACAACAGGAGAUGGAAAUUGUCUCUUACAUGCAGCCUCCUUAGGUAUGUGGGGUUUCCACGAUAGAGACCUGAUUCUUCGUAAAGCUCUUUAUACAAUGAUGAAAAGCGGCACAGAAAGAGAUGCAUUGAAGCGACGGUGGCGAUGGCAACAGACACAGCAAAAUAAAGAGUCUGGUUUGGUUUACACUGAAGAGGAGUGGGAGCGAGAGUGGAAUGAGCUCCUUAAACUUGCUUCAAGUGAGCCUCGCACACACUACAGUAAGAAUACAGGCAGCGGUGGUGGUGUGGAUAACACAGAGGAUCCAGUUUAUGAAAGUUUAGAGGAGUUCCAUGUCUUUGUUUUGGCUCAUGUAUUACGAAGACCAAUUGUUGUUGUUGCAGAUACAAUGCUAAGGGAUUCUGGAGGUGAAGCAUUUGCACCAAUACCUUUUGGAGGAAUUUACUUACCUCUGGAAGUACCCCCUAACAGAUGUCACUGCUCACCUUUAGUCUUAGCCUACGACCAGGCCCAUUUCUCUGCACUGGUUUCUAUGGAACAGAAUGAUCAACAGCGGGAACAAGCUGCAAUUCCCUUGACUGACUCAGAACACAAACUGCUACCUUUGCACUUUGCAAUGGAUCCCAAGAAAGAUUGGGAGUGGGGAAAGGAUGACAAUGAUAACACCAAGUUGGCCAACUUAGUCCUUUCUCUGGAAGCCAAACUUCACCUACUGCAUAGCUAUAUGAAUGUAUCCUGGAUCUGUAUUCCUGCUGAAACUAGGGCACCUUUGGCCCAGCCAGAAUCACCAACUGCUUCAGUAGGGGAAGAUGCCCAUUCACUGUCAGACUCAGAAUCAGACAGAGACUCCAUCUGCAGCAACUCUCAUCUUAAUGGAAACAAAAACCAGAAAGAGAAAGAUAAAGGCGAUAAGCAAAAGAAGGAAAAGAAUAGGACAGACUCUGUCGCAAACAAACUCGGGAGCUUCAGUAAAACCCUGGGGACUAAAAUAAAGAAGAAUAUGGGAGGACUUGGAGGUUUGGUGCAUGGAAGAAUCAGCAAAGGAAAUUCAAGCAAUGGGCGCAAUGGGGAGAAUGCAGAGAAAGGGAAGAAAAAAGAAUCCAAUAAAUCUAAUAAAGGAGGUAAAGAUGAGUCAUUGCAAUCUUCAAGUUCAUCUCCUAUUGACAAGUCAAAUAUUACCUCUGUUAAAGCUCCAAUAGAUAAACCAGCUGACCAGUGGAAAUACAGCACUGAUGUCAAACUCAGCCUCAACAUAUUGAGAGCUGCUAUGCAAGGAGAGAGGAAGUUCAUUUUUGCUGGACUUCUGUUGACUAGCCAUAGACAUCAGUUUCACGAGGAAAUGAUUAAUUAUUACUUGACUACUGCUCAGGAACGCUUCAAUGCAGAGCAGGAGCAAAAACGCAAAGAGGCAGAGAAAAAAGCUUCCACUAACUCCACGUGUAAAAAGAUGGAACAUGAACCAUCUGAGAAAAGCAGGGUGGAAUCACAUCCUCAGGUGGACACUCUUCAAGGUUCUUGUCAUGGCCAUAUAGGUCAGCUGAACUCAAAAACACAAAGAAGGAGUGGUCAGGCAACAGAGAUCAAUUCACCCGUCAGAAAUGAGAUCCCUAAAACUGGCACCCUCACCUCUGCCCACUUUACGCACACGCCAGCUUUGUUGCGGCAUGUCAUUCAUGUGUCUGAAGUUAAAUCUCAGUCAUCAGACUACCAAGUUGACGUUCAGCCACCCGUCAUCGGCUCCCUGAAAACAUGUGCAACAUACCCGCAGCAUAGUCGCUCGCUGUCAUAUAAAACUUACUGUCCAAUAGGGUUCCCUACUGUAGAAACCAUGGAACCUCUGAAGUGUUUGCUGCCCCCUGAACGUAAAAGCAACACGUUUACCAAUGGGUUUUCUACAAGUGAUGUUAAUGGCUACUUGGAAUAUGCAGAUGAGGGUGUUUCCUCAGUGUGGCAGAAUGGAGAGCAAACCAAAGGACGGGUUAUGGUGGCCCCUCCCUAUUCCCUACAACAAAACCGAUGCAAACAGCACAACUGCCCCUUCUACGGCAGCCCAGAAACAGAAUUUUAUUGCUCUUACUGUUACAAAGAAGAACUUCAACGUAGGGCAAGAGGAAGCAAGUCUAUUUAACUGAAUUGUUUGGAAAAUGUCGUUCCAGUUUCUCAAUAUUAACCAAAUCCAUCAUUACAAAUAUUUUGAAGGAGCAACUUAAGUUGAGCAUCCAUUUAUAACUCUUUAUACCAUGAAGCAAAGUCUGUUCAUUACAUUUCAAGAGUCCUUGAGUUGCGCUACAGUCGAUAUAUUAGAACAGAUUACAACCUCUGUUCAGAAUUGAUGCUCCAGCCCUUAAUUUUUGUUCACUCACCUGGAGUAAUGUGAGACUUUUUCAUUUUGUUACUCCAUGGACUGUUACCAAAUAAUUAAUUCCAACUUUUUUUUAAACUACACUACAGCAAAGUAAAUGCCAGGAGAUGAUUUGCACAUUAGUUACCAAUGUAAAAGUGAUAUGGUGACAUAGAGCAGAAAAUAACCAUAUAUUUGUGUUUGUGAACUAGAAGAUGCAUUAUGACUGAAAUUUACAAACAAAAGUUAAAAAUUGUAAUAUAGAAAUUAUUUUUAUAUUAUUUUCACAAAUGUGCUGCAAAAGCAAUAUUUUGCGCUUUUUAUUAAAAAAACACAUUUGCCAUUUUAUUAGGUGAUUUAACUGCAGAAACUGUUAACUAGAAGCAUAUAAUAGAGCUUUGUAAUGUGCGUUUAUAAGCUCCAGUGGACUUGAGGAGUGGCCCAGGCAUUCAUACAUUUUGAUAUUUUGUAAACAUGCAACUUUCUUUAAGAAAUGGGUUUUUCUGAACCUUGCUCCAGUGUUUUGACAUGGCUUCAGUGUUUUGUUGAGCUGUUAAAAAUCUUGUGCACUGCUUUGCGGUGGCUGUAGUUCAUUGCUUUGCCCUUUCCAGCCAAGAAUUUUUAAGUGAAUGCAUUCUAAUCUUAUCUGUGUAUGUUUGUCACACUGCAGACAUCACAUCACACUUUGCCACAAACUCAAAGCAAUUGUUGAAAAGAGGAAAAAGCCAGUUUUUUGGGUUCUUCUGCCCCAAACCCAGAACUUUACAGCAGUUAUACUUGCCCUGUGAUUGACAUCAAAAAUUCACAAGCAGUUGCAACUGCCUGAAUUUUUUCAUACUAACAGGGAAUAUUAGAAGUGGCCUUAAAGGGACAGGCAAGAUUAGUAUCUUAACAUUACAACAACGCUCAAGAAGCAACUUUGCUGUGAACAUGCCAUGGGAUUGUCUACUAGCCUUCUUUUAAUAACAAGACAGACUAGUUCUGUGCGGCUUUUAUUUUCAAUGAUGUUGCAUUUUUUGUUUUAAUAUGAAAAUAAAGCUCAUAGGAAUAUUCUCUUCUGUAAUAAUCUUACCACUAUGCACACAAUGACAAAAGCAAAAAUAAAGAAAUGGGGUAACUGAGCAGGUCUGGCUGUAUCUUUUGAAGAGAGAAGCAGUUUAUGUUGCAGUUCAGUGAUCUUUUAUCAAGCUGUUUGUCUUUCCAGAGAUGCUGCCUAGCCUGCUAAGGAUUUCCAACACCUUGUUUUUAUUUCAUUUUUUCAGUAUCCGUAACAGUGGAGAAUAUAAAUACCAGUGGAUUGCAUGCGUACCAUCAGGGAACUCUUAAGUUUGCUGUUUACAUUACUCAAUGAUUCGGCUCUCCCAAUUUAUAUCCAUUCAGAAAAUCAGAAACCACAUCCCCACCAGAUUCCCAAGAGUAUGGAAGAAUACUUUUGGGAAAGAGGGAAGUAAUACCUGACUACCUGACAUUUUAAACUUGAUGUAAAACUUCCUGUCCUUCUGGGAGAGGGAGGAAGGUGCUGAAAGCUCUCAUGGAAAUUUACAGUUAAGUGUUUAAUAUUUUCUGAUUACUUUGAACUUAAGGUUGAGAAAUGAUGCAAAGAAUAUCAAUUCCAAGACCUUGAAAUGUACCUGGCUACUUGGAAUGAGAAAAUUCAUCAUUAUUUUUAUUUAUCUGUUUUCAGAACAAGAAACUAGUUUGCAAACGACAGACGUUUCAACAACAUUAAAACAUUUAACUUAUGGUGAAAACCAGUGAGCUCAGGAAACUUGCUAAAAUUCUUUGAAAGAUUAAACAAAGUAAUAGGUUUUGCUUGAACUGUGAUUGACUGUUGCUGGAUUAUUUUUCUCAUUAUGAUCAUCCUAAGGUUAUCCAAAUGGUGAUAAGCCCAAGAAGCUCAUUUUCAAGUUUACCAAGAAACUUCUGAAAUUUAUUGCAAAGACCUGAUCUCUGACAUAAGUUGUGUGUUAAAAUAAAUUAUGAUUGAGGUGAAUGUGAUAGAUGCCAUUAUUAGAUGGGAUAUUCAAUGGGAGAUGCCUUAUCUUGUUUGAUCAUGGUAUUCUGUAUUGUUUUAAAUGUUUAUCACCUGACUUGCACUGAAAAAUUAAAACCCAUGUUAUGCUGA